AUGGAUGCUGCCAAGAGAGGAGAUGCACAGACAGUGGUCUGGACCACCGGCUGGCUUCUCCUGCUGCUCUGGCUGCUCGGAGCGCAGGCCCUGGAGUGUUACAGCUGCGUUCAGAAGGCGGAUGACGGAUGCUCUCCGCACAAGAUGAAGACGGUCAAGUGUGGUCCAGGACCUUUCUUCCAAGACAAAUCUGGAAACCUGGGUUCCACCCUUUUCCCCUCAAAGCAUUUAGUGGAAACACAGUCCGUUGUGAGCAGAUGGCCUUUCUGUGUCUCUCUUAUAGCCAAUGUGACUGUGUCCUUACCUGUCCGAGGCUGCGUCCAGGAUGAGUCCUGCACCCGUGAUGGGGUGACCGGUCCAGGCUUCACACUUAGUGGUUCGUGCUGCCAGGGACCCCGCUGUAACUCCGACCUCCGCAACAAGACUUAUUUCUCCCCCCGAAUCCCACCCCUAGUCCUACUGCCCCCUCCAACCACCCUAGCCCCAUCUACUCGCACCCAGACCUCCUCCACCAGUACCUCCAAAGGCGCUGCAACCACAACCAACUCUACCACCAGGCCCACGUCCGCCCCAGCCAGCCACACUUCUCCCCACGCAGCAGAACACGAAACUGUACUGCAAGAAGAGGAGUGGUGUGUGCCUGGAGGAGGUGCUGCGGGUCACCAAGACCGCAGCAAUACGGGGAAGACCCCCCCAAAGGGCGGGGCUCAGAUCCCGGCUAACCAAGGCUCUGUGGUUCUGGGGUCUGGGUUGCCAGCUCUUCUGUUGACUUGCCGUUCCACUCACUGCAUUGGUUUGCAGUUCCGGGAAGCAGCCAACUGUUGUAAAUACACUGCUGGGGUGGCCCAGCUUUUUGAUGCCGCCACUGCAUCCCCCGAUGGCGACUAG